CAUAAUUCCCUUAUAUAAGUAUAUAAUUUGGCAACCAAAACAUUAUCCUAAAACUCACCUUUUUGUUAAGAAAAUGGGUGCUCUAGAUUUCCUCUCAGAUUACUUCUCUGUCACUCCAAAAAAGAAACACAAGCCAAUGCAGACAGUUGAAAUAAAGGUGAAAAUGGACUGUGAUGGGUGUGAAAGAAGAGUUCGAAGUUCAGUUUCCCAUAUGUCAGGUGUGAAGGAAGUGGAUGUGAAUAGAGAGCAAAGUAAGGUAACAGUGACUGGUUAUGUGGAUAGAAACAAGGUGUUGAAGAGAGUGCAAAGCACAGGAAAAAGAGCUAAGUUUUGGCCAUAUGUUGAAUAUAAUUUGGUGGCAUAUCCUUACGUAACACAGGCUUAUGCAAAGAAUGCACCCUCUGGAUUUGUGAGAAACACUGAAUUAGCAUUACCAAAUCCAAAUGGAGCAGAUGAUAACAUCACUUCUUUCUUCAGUGAUGAUAAUCCUAAUGCAUGUUCAAUCAUGUGAAGCUAUUUUAAGCAUGCUUUCAAGCUGUUUUUUAAUCAUCAAUUAUUAAUAGUACUAUAGAUGAAUUAAGAUUUGGAAGCUAUUUUGAGCAUGUUGUAAAA